UCCUGUGUUGGGUCAGGAUGUGAUCAACUACCAUGUAAAAGCUAACAGAGGAAGAGCGAGAGCGAGAGCGAGGUUGACACAGGAUGGAGGUCACAUCACUCUGCCUAAUGCUCUCCACGCUGAGCGUCUCUCCCAACAGAUCACAGUUCUUCUGGCAUGACCGCAUCUCUCUGAGGUGUGUGGCGAACUCCAGCGGCUGGACGGUGACAAGAAACGCGUCCAGGACUUCCGAGGUGUGCACGUAUGGCUGGGGGAUCCCCGGUGAGUCCUCCUGCACCGUUGAGGACGCCUACCCAACAGACACCGGCGUGUACUGGUGUGGGUCUCAGCGGGGGGGGUGCAGCAACACCGUCAACAUCACAGUGGCCGCCGAUGUUGUGAUCCUGGAGAGCCCUGUGCUUCCUGUGAUGGAGGGAGACGAAGUGACACUUCGUUGUUCCUAUAAGGAAGAACACGAAGAUGAAUCUACGUCAGAUUUCUCCGCCACGUUCUUCAGAAAUGAUGUUUUCUUCGGCACCGAGCCUGCAGGGAAGAUGAUCCUCCCGGCAGUGUCCACGUCUGACGAAGGCUUCUACAUGUGUAAACACCCCACCAAGGGAAAGUCACCGCGGAGCUGGCUAGCUGUGACAGUGAGAGCUCAGCUCCCAGAUGUCCUUCCUCUUCCUCUGAUGCCUCUGCCCAGACUGCUGUGUACCAUCCUGCUCUUCACCCUCUACACCGCCAUACUCAUACUGUGCAUAUACACGUACCGAAAGAUGGCUCGAGCUCGAGCCAAUGCUAAAAGGAGAGUUGCUGAUCAUCUCGUACUGGAAUGAAUGAAGAAGACGAAGAAGAAGAAGAAGAAGAAGAAGAAUAUUUUUAAUAAGCUACUAGAACAUGCUCCCUACAUGCUUUCUAUAACCCUUCAAUGCUAUAUACAUUAUAUGAUUUGCACCUCUUAUUCCUGCAUAACAAUGUUUAUCUGUACUGUUAAAUUAAAUGAUCAAUAAAUAGACUUUAUAUAGUA